UUUCCAUUUGCUUCUCUUUGCCUUCUUCCCAAAAAAAAAAAAUUCCCAUCUCCAAGCUUCUCCAAUUUUCCAAGCCUGCCUCCAAGCGCACGCCACGAUCUUCUAGAAGCGAUUCGCGCGCGCCGCCGCCUCCUCCCCUCCCCUUCCCCGGAGCGAAGCCGCCCCGCCGGGGGGGAUGUCGCCGGCGGCGGACAGCGCGGCGUCGAAGCGGCAGGCGGAGCUGCUCAAGCAGGAGGGCAACGCCUUCUUCAAGAAGGACCGCAUCAGCGCCGCCAUCGACGCCUACACCGGGGCCAUAGCUCUCUGCCCAAAGGUUGCAGUAUAUUGGACCAACCGAGCACUUUGCUACAAGAGGCGGAAUGAGUGGGUUAGGGCUGAGGAAGAUUGUAGAACAGCUAUUCAGCUUGACAGCCACUCUGUUAAGGCACAUUACAUGCUCGGGCUUGCACUUCUCAACAAGGACGAAUUGGCCGAGGGAAUAAAAGAACUAGAGAAGUCGUUGGAGCUUGGAAGGGGUGCACAUCCAGCAAGUUACAUGGUUGAAGAGAUCUGGCAAGAGCUUUCUAAAGCAAAAUACAUAGAAUGGGAAAAUUUAUCAAGCGAACGAGUCCGUCAAUUGCAUAAGCUGAAGGAAGCAUGUAAAGAAGCUCUUAGGAAUUAUAACAGCCUUGACAAUCCUCCUGCAUAUGUCCCCGAGGAACAGCUAAAUGAGCUUGAGGAAGUUUUUCGGAAUGCCAGGAAGUCUGAUAUUCCAACAGAAGUUCCUGAUCAUCUCUGCUGCAAAAUUACUCUUGAUAUUUUCAGAGACCCGGUGAUAACCCCAAGUGGAAUCACGUAUGAGAGGGCGGUGAUUCUUGAUCAUCUUCAUAGGGUGGGGAAGUUUGAUCCUGUGACCCGUGAGACACUUGAACCACACCAACUGGUUCCUAACCUUGCCAUCAAGGAAGCUGUCCAUGCAUUUUUGAGUGAACAUGGUUGGGCUUACAGGAUGAGAUGACUACUUUGAAUUACACCUGGGCUUGGAGCUUUGGAGGCAACAUUUCAGAUUGCAAUAUACAUGUUUCGGUUAGUCAACUUAAAUGUGUCAUUUUGUUUAUCUUUACAUAUUUAUUGGUGGAAAAGGUUUUACCUGGGAUGGCUGUGUACAGAUUCCCCUUCUCUAGCUAUCCCUCCUCUCUACUCUGUUCAUGUGUAAUGCUUGGUAUCAGAUUAUCACUUAUCCACAGUAAAAGAAAAUUAAAGUGGCUGUCAUACUCCUUGUUCUC